AUGAGAACCCUCACCAGCCAUCUAUCUGAUCUCACUGUCAGCCGAAGAAGUCGAAAGAAGGUGGAUCGGACACCCGUUCUCCUCAUGAAGAGGAGAAGAUCCUCCAGGUCCACCUCCGCGAGUUCCUCAGCAUUGAUAACAGUGUGGUUUGAGAUCCGAACUUGGCUUGAAAGUAGUAAAUUACAUUGUGAAGUAGUAACAAGAACCUUGAGACUUUUGGUCUAUGAAAUGAAAGCACUAAAAAGGAAAACUAAUUUUUGA